UAAAUGUGUGUGUUCUGCUUUCAGCCCGCUGUCAGCUGGACGCUGACGCUGGUUCCCAGUGUGAAGACUUUGUCCAACUCUGGUUCUUUGACCGUCUCAUCGGUGCAUGCUCUCCCUUCUGGUUCGGCGGUUGCGGCGGUAACGCCAAUCGCUUUAACACGGAAAAUGAAUGUUUGCAGACUUGUGGCACUAACAAUCCCAGCAUCCUGACGCCGCCGCAGCUCAACAGCUUCGCCUCCAAAGACGCCUGUUUCCUCGGCCAGGACCCCGGCAGCUGCCAGGACUACACCAUGGCGUGGUUCUUCGACACCGAGCAGAACGAAUGCUCUCGCUUCUGGUUUGGCGGCUGCGGCGGCAACGAGAACCGCUUCAAGACGCAAGAGGAGUGUGAGAACCUGUGUUUGACGAAGAGUUGAUGAGGAGGAGAAAACCUCCAGGGGGCAGUCAUGAGUUCUUUAUAAGACGAUAAACUGCAAAUGUUUUCUGUACAAAUGUUUUCAGGGAAAGUGUAACGUCCCGCAGCUGAAUUCAUUUUUAAAAUUCGUCUCGUGGACGAGUUUCCUGUGUCUUGCACGUUUCAUUUCCUGCCAAGCUUCUGUUUGUAAAAGCUUCACGACGAGUGAACGAGGUCGACGCUCGUCAAACUUUGAUCUGGUGCUAGUUUCAUGAGGAUGCUGGAAAAAACAAGUUGUCAGAGUGAAAAUGUUCGAAGGAAUGAAAACAAUAAAGUGAGUUUAUAUAUGAA